AGAGUCGAGACUGGGAGAAGCGAUAGCGCUAAGAUAAGCUUAACGCACAGACCAUCUCACUGAAAAUUCCAGGCGAGAAAUCAUCACCACCAGCGGAGGGGCACAAACAUACCCAACUUACGGAUCGCGCUUCGUUGGGUUCCUCUUUCUCUCUCUUUAUUAUUACUUUCAGAGCCAGAUUUGGCAACUGUCGCCAUCAUGUCCGGUUCAACCCCGGCGACGAAGCCGGUGCACACAAUCGUUCUCGAUGCCGGACCCCUCCUCAAGAACAUCCCUCCACUGUCCACGCUCCUUGCGCAGUCAGAAGAACUCGCCACGACCCCUUCUGUCAUUAAUGAAAUCCGUGAUCCCGAUGCCAGGGCGCGAGUCGAAACGCUAUACCUUCCGUUCCUCAAACAGAGGACGCCUACACCGAAAAGUAUUAGUGUCAUCAGUGAAUUUGCACGAAAGACUGGAGACAGGGCCGUUCUGAGUAAAGUCGAUAUCGAAAUACUUGCGCUGGCGUAUGAACUCGAAUGCGAGAGGAAUGGAGGUGACUGGAGAUUGAGGAGCGUCCCAGGACAGAAGAGAGUUAAUGGAAAACCGCCCGUGAAGGAGGAGACUAAGGUAGAGGAGCUCACAAAGGAAUUGGAGAAUACCACUCUCCAGAGUGCAGAGACUCCCGUCCCAGAGACUCCCGUCCUGGAAGAAAAUGAAGAAAAUGGGAGCCCCGCUACGGAAGAACAGACAUCUCCAGAACAGAUCAUCGAGCCUCAAUCGGCAGAAGAGGCAGAAGAGGCAGAAGAUGACGAAGAGUCCGAUGGUGGAGAGUGGAUUACGCCCUCAAAUCUCAAGAAGAAGCAGGCCCGCGAUGAGGGCAGCGCAGCAAUCACAGCUACUGAACCUAAGGUCAUGCAGGUCGCAACAAUGACCACAGACUUUGCGUGUCAAAACGUACUGCUUCAGAUGAACUUGAACCUAUUAUCUACGACCACUCUACAAAGGAUUCAACACCUCAAGACAUACAUCAAACGCUGCCAUGCAUGCUUUGCUACCACGAAGGACAUGACAAAGCAGUUCUGUCCCCGAUGUGGAAAGGACACUCUCACCAGAGUCUCGUGCUCGACGAAUGCGAGUGGAGAGUUCAAGAUGCAUCUGAAGAAAAACAUGCAAUGGAACACUCGAGGAGACAAAUACAGUAUCCCGAAACCGGUGCAUGGAAGCGCUAGCGGAAAGUGGAAGGGCGGUGGUGGCCAGGGAGGAUGGGGAACCGGCCUUAUUCUCGCGGAAGAUCAGAAAGAGUAUGUGAAGGCCAGAACAGAAGAACAGAGACGGCUCAGGAAGGAGCGAGAUCUCAUGGAUGAGGAUUACCUGCCUGGUAUUCUCACUGGCGAGCGCCAUAGGACUGGCGGUCGGAUCAAGGUGGGAGCUGGACGCAGCGUGAAUUCUAGAAAGCGCUAGUUCUAUUUGCAUCUGCAUGAGGGAUGACCGGAGUUCUGGUAGGAAAAAAGUGUAUUUAAGAGA